CUCUCCCACGACUCUGCAUCUUCUUCGUCACAUUCGCCGGUUCCGGCGUCGCGUCCCUCUCUCUUUCUUUCUCCCUUUCCGUUUCACUGUAGAGUCUGUAACAUAUCUCUCCCAGUCCCUAAUGCCGCCUCUGUCUUCUCUCACCUUGACGAACUCGAUGCCUUCAUCUGUAACACCAUUCUCAGAACCGUCGUGAACCUGAGCGACCCAGAUAUUGCAAUUGGCUUCUGUUUCUCCUCUAUCUGUAAUCUGUCUCACCCUCUCCUUAAUCAAUCGCUGAUCGAUUUCCAUUCUAACCGAUUUGCUCUGUUAAUCGAUUGCUUGGCGAUUAAUAAAAUUGUUAGACCUCAGAGAACUUUCAACUCCUGUCUUUCUUCUUCUUGAAUCCAGAAUCAGCGUAGCCUGUAGAGGUAGCAAUCUAAUUUCUGUUCAGUAGAGAAGACAUGGCUAGCUGUUCAAACCCCUAUCACGAGUCUGCAAAAUGGGCAAAGAAUGAAGUAGACACUUUUGUAAUGUUGAUGCUGGAUGAGGUCAAGAAAGGCAACAAGACAACCACUACCUUCAAUAAGGCAGGAUGGAACCGAAUUAAAAACCAGUUGGAGGCCAAAAUUGGUCGCAGUUUUACAAUGUUACAGCUUCGUAACAAAAUGAACAAACUGAGGGCUGAUUAUCUCAGUUUCAAAAAACUGUUGGAGACAUCGGGCUUUGGUUGGAAUGUUGCAACUAGGAUGUGCACUGUUGAAAAUGAUGGUGUUUGGGAUAGGCACAUUAAGGCAAACCCAAGCUGGUCAAAAUUUAGAAGAAAUGGAUUGCCCCAGUGGCCAGAACUACUCAUGAUAUUUGGUGAUUCGUCUACGCAUGGAGAUAUUGUAAUUGGAAAUGCUGAGGAUGCUCCCAACACUGCUGAAGAGAUUGAUCAAGAUGUUGAUCAAUCUCUUCCAAAUACUCCUUUUGAUGGAGGUUUGGGUGAUUAUGAUGGUGGGGAGGCAGAAGACAAUCCCCCAUUUGUUAACCGAAGGCUUGACAAAAUGCCAAGUACCAUUAAGAAGAGGAACAUGACCUCAGAUUUUGAAAUGGCCUGCAAGACCAUGGCCGAUACGUCUCGAGCCAAGACGGAGAGGCACAAUAGUACCUCUUCUACAUCUCCAUCUCCAUCUCCAUCUCCUCGACCUGUGAGUACAGAUUACAGCAUUACUCAGUGCAUGACAGUGCUGAGCAACAUGCCUAAGGUCGGGAAGGAUUUGUAUAUGAAGGCAGUCAAGCGAAUGAUGGAUGACCCACAUUGGAGAGAGGCGUUCAUUGCUUGCCCCCUUGACAAGAAAAUGUGGCUUAUAGAGAUGCUAGAGUGAUGAAUGGGGUUGCUCCUUCUUUCAUAUUUUAGAUGAUUGUGAGCUAAUGUGGAUUUUUAUAUUCUAGUAUGGGUGACUGUAGUUGUAUUUGUCUUUAAACACCUUGGAUGUUUCACUUAUGUUUUAAAAUUUUUGAUGGAUGACUUUACUUGUUGGAUUUUUCUAACACCCGUGGAUAUUUAUCUUAUUUUAAGUGUUUCA